CCCGCCCGCUGCCGAGUCCAGCCGCUGCAGCCACUUUUUUAUUGUCUUUUUUCCACGUGGUCCCGCUAAGGUAGUUUGAAAGUGGAGAACGCUACACAACCGCUCUUUUUGCGGAGAAUCGCUACACGAUGGCCGGCACAGACCCUCUCCCUGGCUUUAAAGAACAGUUCGAUACAAUGAAGUCGGCAGUGCAAGGGAUGCUGGGCGACCUGACAGCUUUUGUGGAAAGGAGGUUCGCAGACUUCGAGCGCGAGAUCGUAAAUAAAGGGAAGGAGAUCGAAGGGCUCAAACUGCGCCUGGAAAUCUCCCAGUGCGAGCUGAAGGCAAUGCACGAGUACCUGAGUUCCGUGGACGAAAAAAAGAAGACGAGUGCAGGCUUAAAUGAGGAAGAAGAGGAACAGGGGGAGAAGGAUAACGGACAAGGGAAGGAGGCAAGCAGCGACACCACAGAUCCUGUGGAGGAGGCGCCGAGGGUCCGUGCAGAGCUCCAGAAACAGCUGCGCAUGUUGAGGGGCGAGGGGGCAGUAAAAGACUCAGAUAAGACAAAGUCUCAACGAUCUAACUCCCACCUCACAGCUGAAAUUCCUGAGAAGAUACAAAGGGUGACUCACAAUGGUACACCAGAUGUAAGUUUGGAGCGUCCAGAGCAGCGUGCCAGGGGCAUUUAUAGAGCUGACAAUUCUCUGCCAAGUGAGUCUGGAACAAAGUCAGAAUUGGUUACUGUUUAUCUAGACAAGGAAUACAAGCGUGUUGAAGAUAAGGCCCCCAAACCACACUUUUUGUUAGAAAUGCAGGCAUUGUCUGAAAAUCCCUCCACUGUUGCUCCUUUCAUGGAAAAUAUGUUGGGGACCUGCAGUGAGAAGGAAUUUCAACCUAAAGACGAGCUGGUAGACAAACCACAACUGGAGAAUACAAACCUUCAGGAACCACUUAGCAAAGGGAACAGAAAUAAGCAGCGCAGUGAUAGUGAAGAAAGGAAAUUUGAAUGUCAAGAAUGCAGGAAGAGAUUCAAAACUUCAGAAAUACUGAGGAGGCACAAGCAGUCUCACACUGGAGAGAAACCAUUUCACUGUGACAAAUGCAAUGGUCGCUUUACCCGGCUGAGCCACCUUAAGAAACACCAGACAGCGCACAUCUAUGGGAAAAUGUUUAGCUGUUUUCAGUGUGGGAAGUGGUUAAAGACCGCUGAAACCCUGAGGAAACACCAAAAGAUACACAUGGAAGAGCAGUCAAGUGUUAAGCCGCAGCCUAAAAGUGAGGUGCCUUCUGUCAGUGAAUCCCCACCUAAAAAUCCUGACCCUCAAGAGUGGCCAACCAGUGGUCUGUCCUCUGAGGUUGCUGAUGCCGAGAUAUCCAGUCCCCCAGAAGAAAAGCCAGUUCUACCUGUAGAGAAACCACAUGAGCGCAUGGACUGUGAGGAGACGGGCACGGUGAAGCAAGGCCGUAAAAAGAGUCAUAAGGUUGAGAGGCAAUUCCUCUGUUCCCACUGUGGGAAGCAUUUCAGAUAUCUGUAUGCUCUUAAAAGACAUGACUUAGUUCACACGGGAAAGAAGCCAUUUCCCUGCCCGGAGUGUGGGAGAGGAUUUCGUUGUAAUUCAGACCUUAAACGACAUCAGAAGACCCACAUCGGACAAAAGCCUUACACCUGCCCCAACUGCUCUAAAGACUUUCUUAAGAUGUCUCACCUGCAAGAGCAUCUGCUGACUCACAAAAGUGAGACAGAAUGAAGACUUAUGUUUUGUACUCUUUACGUGUUACAUGAGAAAACCCAGCUGACAGGAGAAGAGCUGCUUUCUGAAGACCACCUUGUAGAACCCAAGGAUCUGGUUUCACCCUUUACAGUGGUAGACACUAUUUCGGAAACUGGAGAAAUGUGAAGAUCUUCUAGCUGCUUUUUUAUAUCUGUGGCACUUUGCAUGUUCUGCAACAAAACAGUCCAUGCCAGAGUAUGGUUUCCACCCCCAAGAAACUAAAUGCAAAAUCUGGACAGCGAACUAGAGCUCAACACUUUCGACCAACCUGAAAUCGUAAGGCUACUGAAACUCUAAAUCCCAUAGUGGUGUGACACCGUGAGUUCAAAGGGUUUGGUUAGCAAUCCAUCCUGUGUUCUUCAAGCCAACUUUUUACCAGUUGCCUGACCAAGCUUGACUAAGCAACCAGUUUUCCAGCUCUUCUAUCUGGACGUUCAUGUCCAAAAUAUACAUUUGUUUAAUCCCAAGUGCCUUGGUACUGUACAUGUGAACCUCUAAAAAAGUCCUAAUGAAGGUCUAAAUUCCAUGAUGAUCUGACACUGUGAGUGUAAAACUUUUGGUUUUACAUACUGUAGCUACCCAUCAUGUGUUCUUCAAGGCAUCUUAUUUGCCAGUUGCUUGUCCCAGCAUGACUAACCAGACCGAUGUCCGGCUCCUCGGUGGAAGUCCAUGUCCACAAUUUACCUUCAUUUAAUCAUAAGUGCCUUAGUAGUACACAAGUGAACCUCUAAAAUCCCAUGGUGUUGUGACACAGUGAGUGUAAAAGAUUUGGUUUUACACACCCAGCUAUCCUGUGUGUUUCAAGCCAACUUAUUUUCCACCUGACUGACCCAGCAUGAUUAAUCAGUCAGUUUUCUGGCCUUUGAGUGGAAGUUCAUUCCACAAUUUAUUUUCAUUUACUCCCAUGUGCCUUGGUACAGUUCACAUGAACAUCUAAAAUCCUCCAGGUAACUAGCUGAUGUGUUCCUAUUGCUUGUUUUUAAUUUGUUUUGAACCCAUGACUGUUUUUUACAAUCAGGUAUUGUAGCUGGCUUUCACACAAUGAGAUGCCUUCUGUAUGCAACCAAAGAUUGGAAAUGUUGAUUUUUUUUCCCUUACUUUUAUACGAAGCUCCACUAAAAAGCCCAAAGUCAUGGUGGGCAGACUUGGAUGAGGCUGGCUGUAGGUCUGUAUCUCUUCUAGUUGUGCCGCCAGUGGAUGCUUACCUAUUUCAUCUCUUUCUUCAUCAGUUCCUGCAUUAUAAGGUGCAGCAAUGAAUUGUUUUUGAAAUUACAGUCCAAGAUAUGACCUAAAAAGACAAAAAAAAAGAGUGUGGGACUCCACAAAAAGAUCCACCUUUGUGAAUAUUUGCUAGAAGAUAAAACCAAAAAGUCAGAUGCCUGAAGGGAGCCAGAUUGGCUAGAUCCAAAAACUGCACCAUUGUGGUCCUGUAGGUCUUAUUUUUGUCUUAAAGGAUGAGGCUAAACCAGAAGAUACAAAAAUUCAAAGGAUAUGUAUAGCAUUCAAAAUGGCUUUUGCCUUGCAUUGCAACCUACCAUGAAGCCAACACUUACAGGAACGUUUUGUUGGAGAAUUUAACUCAAUGUGAGUGUAAGACACGAAACCCAAGCCACCUCCAAAGGAGUUUUCAGAAUUACUACUGUCUAAAGUUGUGGCCACUUUAUUCAGAUCAAUACAGCUGGUUUCCUCAGGGCGAGUGUAAAAUAAAUGACCAUUUGUUGUUUUAUUAAGUUUUAAUUAACUUACUAAAUUUAGUUAUACUGGUUAUUUUUGUGCCUGUGUAAAUCAUUCUUAAUCCCAAUUUAGCAUGUUUAACUGGUACCCUGGUGAGUCACUUAUGCUUUGUGAUUGUUAAAAAAGUAACUGUCAUUUUUUCUGGGACAAAAGUUCCCAGCGCUAUUUCAUAGCUUUGUUUUAUUUUAUCCUGCAUGUAGACUCGUAAAUCUGUUUCUGCAAAGAAUAAAACACUGGAGGUGCUCAAACAUAAUACUGUAGCCUUUACGGGGCCUUGCUUAUGCGUUAGCUGUGAAGUCGGUGCCGCCAUUGUGAUUUCACGGGUGCCUUCCCCGUGAUAAUGAUGUCAAACAGACUAGCAGUAGCUGCACACUCACACUCUUGUGUCUGAAGUCUUCUGCAUUACAUGUUAACUACUAAAAGAUAUUUUUUG